ACAUGGUAACAAACUUAGAGAAGUGAAACUGGUGCUUUCUUAAUGCAUAUUACUGAAAAUUUUUGUUCUUGUGAAAGUUUGAUAGUUGAAGUUGAUAAGAAGAAUAAAAAACGGUGAUCGAUCGAGAAAUGGCGUACAUUCGUUGCAUCAUCCUCACAACCACAUUCGUCCUCCUCAUCCACACCCUCUUCCCUGGAUCAUGCUGCAGUACAGAAGCGCUGACCAUUUCAAACGACGACAACGACAACGAAAACAAUGACAACCUACUGAACCCGGUGCAACUAAUUAGCUCCAAGGACGAGAACGACGCGAAUGACCGUGACCUGCCGCGACCCUUCCUGAUCCCGGUGGACACCAGCCAGAUUCAACCGAAGCGGAUGAAACUCAAAACUCCAAACAACACCAAACGUCGCAAGCACAGCAACAAAACUCGCCGGAAUGGCACGGCCACUAAGAGACCCAAACACAAGCGGAAGCCAACGAUGCAAAGUGCACUUCAGUCUGCCGCACGCAAAGGUCUCGAAGCUAUGAUUGAACUGUUCGAUAAGCGGGAACCGGAAAUGGUGCGAAAAGGUAUUGUCCUUGAUCCGAGCGAACCGGGAGCACUGCUAUCAAAAUUCAGCUCAUCAGAUGAUUCGCCUGAAGAUCUUACUAAAGCCGGUUAUGCUGCAAUGGUAGCAGCUAAAAAACUUAAAGAAAGUACCAACGUCGAGUAUGUGGCCCUUGGGCGGCAGGCUCCGUCGAAGAUUUCGCUCAAACGGACACCGCUCGAAGGGAUGUGUCCUUCGCGGGAACCGCCACCUUGUGUUCCGGCAAGCAGACGCUACCGGACCCACGACGGAACGUGCAACAAUCGGAAGAAGCCCCGCUGGGGUGCAGCCCAGAUGCCAUUCCAUCGAUUUCUGGCCCCCGACUACACGGACGGUGUUGAAGGGAUAAGACGUUCCAUCAACGGAUCACCGCUACCUUCCGCACGGUUCGUCAGUCUGGUUGUCCAUGGUACCCGCCAAGAGGAAGCCCCGGUCACUAUGAUGCUGGCAUUGUGGGGCCAACUGUUGGAUCAUGAUCUAACGGCCACAGCGCAACCACGCAGUCUUAACGGUUCCACCCCACGCUGCUGUGGUGGUCAAACGAUCGAGGAUUCCCAUCCCUCCUGUCUGCCCAUUAAAGUACCGCUGGAUGACCCAUGGCUAUCGCCACUCGGUGUGCGUUGUUUAGAAUUUCUACGAUCAGCCCCCGCACAACGGAGGGAUUGUUUACUUUCCUGGCGCGAACAAACCAACCAGGUGACAUCCUAUAUCGACGCUUCACCGAUCUACUCCAGCAAUCCUAGAACAUCCGACAACGCCCGGAUUUUUCGGUCUGGGUUGCUUCUCUUUGGACGAGGGCCUCCUAGCGAAGACGUGUGCUUCCGAGCUGCACUGGCGAACCAAUGUAUCCGACCUGGAGAUGCCCGUAGUGGUGAACAGCCUGGAUUGUUGAUGCUUCACAUGAUUUGGGUUAACGAACAUAAUCAAAUCGCUACACAGCUGUCGGAUAUCAAUCCGCACUGGAGUGACGAAAAAUUAUACCAAGAAACUCGGCGAAUUGUCGGAGCAUUGUUCCAACAUAUCACCUAUCGCGAAUUUCUACCUAUCGUUCUGGGCAAACAAGUGUGUAAUUUGUUUAAUUUGGAGCUGGAAUCCAACGGGUACUACAAGGGCUAUGAUCCCGGUGCAAAUCCUACUGUGACCAAUGAAUUUUCUGCAGCAGCGUUCCGUUUUGGACAUUCAUUGAUUCAAGGAUCCUAUAUGAGAGCGGACAGAUUUCAUCGCUUCAUUCCGAACAAUGUCACACUGCACGAUGAAUCUGCUGAUGGUGAUCUUGGAGGGCCAGGGUCACUUCAUCGACUUGUGCGUGGAAUGGUUAACCAACGGGCCUUGAAGCGGGAUGAGUUCAUUACAGCUGAGUUAACAAAUCAUCUUUUUCAAACUAGUCGUUUUCCUUUCGGAUUGGAUCUGGCAGCGAUCAACAUACAACGUGGUAGGGAUCACGGAAUCCAACCGUACAUCAAUUGGAGAAUACCUUGCGGACUAACACCUAUCAGGGAAUGGGAAGAUCUGGAUCGAGUUAUGGGUCCAGCAUCAGCUCAUCGAUUGCGCAAGGCAUACCGCUUCAUAGACGAUAUUGAUCUUUUCGUCGGAGGUUUAGCCGAACGACCGGUCGUGGGAGGAAUAGUAGGGCCAACAUUUUCUUGUAUUAUCGCACAGCAGUUUAGCAAUUUGCGCAGAGGAGAUCGAUUUUGGUACGAAAACCCCGGGUUCGAGUCGUCAUUCACUCCGGCGCAGCUUGACGCCAUACGACAGGUAGCAUUUUCGCAGAUUCUUUGCCGAGCACUUGGAGGGGGAACUUUGCAACCGCACGCUUUCCUACCGGCUGAUAUUGUACAGAACGAACGACUGUCAUGUGACUCCAAACUAAUGGCACCCAUUGAUCUAGAACCUUGGACUGAACGUGACCCGUUCACAAGACCUAAUGACGUAUCAUCCGCUGGACAAAGCGAAAAUUUGAUCGACCUUGAAACAGUACAAGCCCUUCUAACAACCACCUCCACGACGACUAGACAGCCUACGCAAGAAACUAACGUGAUUAACAACGUGGACUUCAUACCGAACGGAAAUGUUGGACUUCACAUUCCUUCAAACGGACAGAUUGUUCUCGACUCACUGGCUACGUCUAUUCACAAUAAGCUGGAUCUAAGUACAACCAGACCUUCUACCAGACCUACUACACCCAGUAAGGAACCUAUGUUGACUGCAGUAACUGUUAUAAACAACAAAAUUGACCUUACUGGUACGACUACGCCACCAUCAAGAAAACCAACCAGGAGAACGACGCCUAAAAAACGACCUACAUUAUCUACGCACUUGAUAACUAACAACGUUGACUUGAAUUUUAAACGGGACACUACAGUUGACGAGACAAAUCUGACUACUACGAACAACAACCACACUAUGAAGAAACGGGAUGUUUCGCACGUUAAUCUAUCCAAGUUAUUCACUAAAGAAGACAAUGCCAAUUUAUUUUCGCAAAAGAAUAGCGCUCUUCGACGUGGCUACUAUCCGAAUCCAGCACCAACGCCACCAUCGGACUAUGACGAUAUUAACAACUACGACUAUAACUCUGACGCUGACCCACCAGUAUUCGUAAAACCAGGAUAUGGCUACGAAGAACCUGUUACAGAUCAUCCACCAAACACGUACUACGAAGACCCGCCGACACCUCCACCACAACCUCCUUACUGUGGCUAUAGCUGCUACAAUCCACCAACUAUGACGACCUAUAAUCCGUACGGCCUAGACACACGAAGACCUACCAGAACGACAACCCGAAAACGUGGACUUUCGAACAAAAUCGUUAACAACAACUUCGAUUAUGAACCGAACGAUAAUAGACAACAGACACAACGACCAAAACUACAACGAACAACUACGUCUAGAACUGUAUUCCAAAGACCUGGACUCUUAGUAAUAAACGAUAAUAGACCAAAUGAUCAAUCUAUGUUUCUGUCAUUGUCUUCGCCAUCUUCUUCUUCUUCUUCGUCUACAUCUGUUCUAAAUUCUAAUGCCUUUCUUCAACAUUCUAAAAAUCCUGCCUCUUUCGCUGCCUCACAAUCUGUCUUCUCCGUAGAUCCUAGACCACAGUACAUUUCGCGACCUAGCACUCAUCAAUCUGUACAUUCGCCUAACUUUUUUCAAAAGCAGACCAACCAUAGAAACCCACUUAAAGAACUUCGAAUUGACCAAGACCGACUACCUUCGAAACUGAUUUCCACAUUGAAACAAGACUACGACUAUGACAGUUUAGUGCCCGACGCGGAACGAGUCGAGACCUUGAACGUCCACGAACACGACGGCUACCUUAGACCUGAACAAAACAAGUACGAACCGUUGAAGAAAACUAGUGACCUUGAGACAUACCGAAACUACAGUCUCUACAACGUACGCAACCACAUAUCCGCGCAGACUUACGAUAUCCCACAGAGCAACAGACUUUGGACACAAACUGAUUCACUUAGAUACGCUGCCCGAUAUCCACAAACGCUACUCGAGUUAGAUGACGGUUUGGACCAAUUUGUGAGACCAUACAUUUAUCAGGAUAAGAUAACUCACGUUAAUGAACAUACAGAAGACAUAAAUUCGACUUUAAGUCACUUUCUUCAACUGACUGACUCGCCGCGAAUAGACGAACUCUCGAACGUUACCGUGACGGACAAGAUUGACCGAAAUGACUUGAAUCAAGACAAAUUACAAGAAAAUGCGACUGACGUUGACCAGUUUCAAGAGACAAACUCCGACCAAGUAGCUAAUGUUAGUCUCCACCAAACCGAUGAAGACAAAAACGAUCAAACAACGAAAAAAAAUCGUAACGAAAUACUACUAACUACUGUCAGUAACGCAGACACAAGACCUAACGACGACAAACCUACUCUGACAAAAAAUGGCGACAUGACAACAACAGACAAUUACAAACACUACGACAAAUCCCGCGAACAAACAGCUCAAGACAUAGACAUUACUGGGGACAUAACAUCGACAACUGAACCAGACCACUCGAAGAUGAUGUUGGCAAAAUAUCAAAACAGUACAAACACAAAUCUGCAAGACUCGGUAACCGAUGAAAUGAAACAACGACAUCCUAACAGAACUGACCACACAAACUAUGACUUACCAAUUGAUGGUACAUCAUUUGUUCAUACGAAUAACGACUCUUUGACUUAUCAAAGCACUUUAGAAAAUUCCACUAAGCCGAAAACGACAGACAAUUACUUGACGGACGUUUCAACAGAAGUGAAUAAACGACAGAAAGUGAAUGACGAAGUAUAUGCAAAUAUUACGAGACAUGAAAUACCGACGACAAAUCUACAGACACUUCAGCAAAUUUACGAUAAAUCAAUUACUGAAAAUAACAAUAACUUAUCACCGGACUGUAAUGACCGACAGCGAACUGAAUCAGUCUUACCAGAUACUAACACUAGCGAUAUUAAACAACUUACGAAACAAGACAAACUUUCGUACCAUUCAAUCCACGAACGAACUUAUGAAGAGACGAAUCAUUCCGAUCCAGACAAACUGCCAAACGACUUCAUUGACCUACCAAACUCAAUGGAACUAAUAACGUACGCAGACACUUUGGCACGGACACCACUUAGGGACACCAUACAAUCAGUUCUGUCGUUAGACGACCCUUCGGCCGACGCAAUUCCAAACACAGACGAACUAUCGAAACUUCCAAGACUUGAUAAAGACGAAAAUCAACCAAUCAUACCGACCAGUACCGAAAGACCAAAAUCGGAACGAAGGACUACGAACUCGUCACGUAAACGCCUCCGACCGACACACUCGAAACGACCCGCACAUCACCAGACUACCAAUCACGGUUCCAACAAUGACCGAAAGCCGCCAGGAAUCGCGCUGGUUCCCUUCGUGCUACUAACUAGUAUCGAAAGACCGGACAACUGGGUGAUGUUCAAUGUAGCCAAGUCGAAGAAGAGAAAACCACUACCGGAAGUUCCGCUGCUAAAAAGUGAGCUGUUCUCGCUUAGUGAGCUACCGAAACCAAUUAGUGCUGACGAUUAACGUUGACCCUUGCCAACUAACCGACCAAUGACUAGAUGAGCCGAUAAGUGAACAGACUGACAGACUGAGAGACUGACCAAUGACAAUUUACAAAUUAUAAAUAAAUUACACUGACUCAUACAAGUAUGUGACCGAGGAAACUUUAAUACUGAAUCGACAUUAUUCCGUACAGCAUUUUUUCAACGACAUGUUGCAUUACUUUAACAACUAUUCACUUGUUAUGGUUUAUUUAUUUAUUUAUUGAUAUUUAUUAAAAGAUUUUUUUAUAUUUGAA